AUGUGUGGCUGUAUGCACAGUACCCAGGACCAAGCACUCCACUUGGAAGGGGAGCCCAAUCCUUCUGCAGCUGCAACAUCUACUUUAGCACCUAGGACAAUGCCCAGAAGCAUUUCAAUAUCCAAACAACUGGCUUCAAUAAAAGCUCUACGCAAGGGUUCAGAUCUGGAAAAAGCCAUCGCCACUGCCGCUAUGAUUUUCAGAAACUUUUCUGACCCUGAUGGUAAACUUGGGAAAGCUACUGCCAAAAACCUACUGCAAACCCAAUUUAGGAAUUUCACAGAGGGACAAGAAACCAAACCAAGAUACAAAGACCUCCUUUCUGAACUCAACGAACAUACAGAAAAUAAGCUGGAUUUUGAGGAUUUCAUGAUCUUACUAUUAAGCAUCACUGUAAUGUCAGAUUUGCUACAAAAUAUACGGAGUGUAAAAAUUAUGCAAUAA